GUGAAAGUCCAAGCUUUCAGCACUACAACCAAGUUCUACCUAAUUGGAAUCUAUGACUUCCUAUGCUCUCCCCUUUGGGGAGAAAUACCUAGGAAAGAAAUUCAAAAAGGUUACAAUGACCCUUUUAUUCCUGACCUGUCUUUGGGGUACAGUUUGGACCAGCCUGCCAGCAGUUGCAGAGCAAGCAGAUAUCCGCCUGGUGAAUGGCUCAAGUCGCUGUGCAGGAAGACUGGAAGUACUCCAUAAUGAUGUGUGGGGUACUGUUUGUGACGAUAGCUGGGGCAUUGAAGAUGCCCGCGUUGUAUGCCGGCAGCUGGGCUGCGCCGGUGCAAUAUCAGCACCAAGGGAAUCACAUUUUGGCAGAGGAGUUGGUCGCAUCUGGAUGGAUGGAGUUCGAUGUGUAGGGACGGAGAGCUCCCUCAAUCAGUGCCCAUCAAGACCUUGGGGAGAAAAUGAUUGCCAUCAUGGAGAAGAUGCUGGUGUUGUGUGCUCAGAACUUCGACUAAUGGAUGGACCCACUCGUUGCUCAGGAAGGAUUGAAGUGUAUCACAACGAGCAAUGGGGGACUGUGUGUGAUGCAGACUGGGAUUUAAAUGAUGCCAACGUGGUAUGCAGGGAACUGGAGUGUGGAACUGCCAUAAAAGCCACUGGAGGAGCACAGUUUGGCCAAGGAUCUGGAACCAUUUGGCUAGACAGAGUGAACUGCACAGGGAAAGAAGCUUUUCUGAAUGAAUGCCCGAAAAGACCUUGGGGAGAGCACAGCUGUGACCACAGCAGGGAUGCGAAUGUGGAAUGCUCAGACCCCAAUGCAGUCAGAUUGGUGAAUGGAACAAGCCGCUGCUCUGGGAGAGUUGAAGUGCUGCACAACCAACAGUGGGGAACAGUCUGUGAUGAUGGCUGGGAUCUCAGCGAUGCUGAAGUUGUAUGCAGGGAACUGGGCUGUGGAGGAGCCUUGGAGGCCCCACAAGGAGCACAUUUUGGAAAAGGAAGUGAUCCCAUUUGGCUGGAUGAUGUCAAAUGUAAAGGAACAGAAGCUGCCCUCCGGGACUGUCGUCUAAAAUCUUGGGGAGAACACAACUGCAACCAUGGAGAAGAUGCUGGUGCAAUAUGCUUAGAACUCCGACUGGUGAAUGGCUCAAGCCGCUGCGCAGGAAGAGUGGAGAUCUUGCAUGACCAGCAGUGGGGGACUGUGUGUGAUGAUCGCUGGGGCCUUAAGCAUGCUGAGGUCAUCUGCAGGGAAAUGGGCUGUGGUGUUGCUUUGAGAGCCCAAACAAAAGCAUAUUUUGGACAGGGAACAGGGAGGAUCUGGCUGAAUGAUGUGAACUGCCAAGGAACAGAAAGCGCCCUCAGUGAAUGUACAGCAAGUGCUUGGGGAACGAACAACUGCAACCAUGGAGAAGAUGCUGGGGUGGAGUGUGCAGAACCACCUGAGAUCAGAUUAUCAAAUGGUCCCAAUCAUUGCUCUGGGAGAGUUGAGAUCUUGCAUGAUAAACUCUGGGGAACAAUCUGUGAUGACAACUGGGACCUUGAUGAUUCUGAGGUUGUAUGCCAGUAUUUAGGCUGUGGGAGUGCCCUCUCGGCACUGCAAGGUUCUCAUUUUGGGCCAGGAGCUGGUCCCAUCUGGCUGGAUGGUCUAAAUUGCACAGGGUCAGAGACAGCCAUCACCAAAUGUCCAGCAAAAGCAUGGGAGGAACAUGACUGCACUCAUACAGAAGAUGCUGGUGUGAUAUGUGCAGAACUUCGACUAAUGGAUGGACCCACUCGUUGCUCAGGAAGGAUUGAAGUGUAUCACAACAAGCAAUGGGGGACUGUGUGUGAUGCAGACUGGGAUUUAAAUGAUGCCAACGUGGUUUGCAGGGAACUGGAGUGUGGAACUGCCAUAAAAGCCACUGGAGCAGCACAGUUUGGCCAAGGAUCUGGAACCAUUUGGCUAGACAGAGUGAACUGCACAGGGAAAGAAGCUUUUCUGAAUGAAUGUCCGAAAAGACCUUGGGGAGAGCACAGCUGUGACCACAGCAGGGAUGCGAAUGUGGAAUGCUCAGACCCCAAUGAAGUCAGAUUGGUGAAUGGAAGAAGCCGCUGCUCUGGGAGAGUUGAAGUGCUGCACAACCAAAUUUGGGGAACAGUCUGUGAUGAUGGCUGGGAUAUCAGCGAUGCCGAAGUUGUAUGCAGAGAACUGGGCUGUGGAGUAGCCUUGGGGGCCCCACAAGGAGCACAUUUUGGAAAAGGAAGUGAUCCCAUUUGGCUGGAUGAUGUCACAUGUAAAGGAACAGAAGCUGCCCUCCGGGUCUGUGAUUUAAAAUCUUGGGGACAACACAAGUGCAACCAUGGAGAAGAUGCUGGUGCCAUAUGCUCAGAACUCCGACUGGUGAAUGGCUCAAGCCGCUGCGCAGGAAGAGUGGAGAUCUUGCAUGACCAGCAGUGGGGGACUGUGUGUGAUGAUCGCUGGGGCCUUAAGCAUGCUGAGGUCAUCUGCAGGGAAAUGGGCUGUGGUGUUGCUUUGAGAGCCCAAACAAAAGCAUAUUUUGGACAGGGAACAGGGAGGAUCUGGCUGAAUGAUGUGAACUGCCAAGGAACAGAAAGUGCCCUCAGUGAAUGUACAGCAAGUGCUUGGGGAACAAACAACUGCAACCAUGGAGAAGAUGCUGGGGUGGAGUGUGCAGGUACAGUUUGGACCAGCCUGCCAGCAGUUGCAGAGCAAGCAGAUAUCCGCCUGGUGAAUGGUUCAAGUCGCUGUGCAGGAAGACUGGAAGUACUCCAUAAUGAUGUGUGGGGUACUGUUUGUGACGAUAGCUGGGGCAUUGAAGAUGCCCGCGUUGUAUGCCGGCAGCUGGGCUGCGCCGGUGCAAUAUCAGCACCAAGGGAAUCACAUUUUGGCAGAGGAGUUGGUCGCAUCUGGAUGGAUGAUGUUCAAUGUGUAGGGACGGAGAGCUCCCUCAAUCAGUGCCCAUCAAGACCUUGGGGAGAAAAUGAUUGCCAUCAUGGAGAAGAUGCUGGUGUUGUGUGCUCAGAGAUGAGACUGGCAGGCGGUUCUACCCCUUGCACUGGCAGAGUCGAGGUGCUGUUUAACCAAACAUGGGGAACAAUAUGUGAUAAUGGCUGGGACUUAGCUGAUGCCAAUGUGGUGUGCCGAGAAGUGGGCUGUGGCAAUGCAUUAGCAGCAGCAGGUGCAGCUAAAUUUGGACAAGGAACUGGUCCAGUCUGGAUGGAUCAGAUGAAUUGCACAGGGGAAGAAGACAGUCUAAGAAAAUGUCCUCCGAAAAUCUUGACAGAACACAGCUGUAGCCACAGCAAGGACGCUGGGGUGGAGUGCGAAGAACCACCUGAGAUCAGAUUAUCAAAUGGUCCCAAUCGUUGCUCUGGGAGAGUUGAGAUCUUGCAUGAUAAACUCUGGGGAACUAUCUGUGAUGACAACUGGGACCUUGAUGAUUCCGAGGUUGUAUGCCAGUAUUUAGGCUGUGGGAGUGCCCUCUCGGCCCCGCGAGGUUCUCAUUUUGGGCCAGGAGCUGGUCCCAUCUGGCUGGAUGGUGUACACUGCACAGGGUCAGAGACAGCCAUCACCAAAUGUCCAGCAAAAGCACGGGGAGAACAUGACUGCACUCAUACAGAAGAUGCUGGUGUGAUAUGUACAGAACUUCGACUAAUGGAUGGACCCACUCGUUGCUCAGGAAGGAUUGAAGUGUAUCACAACAAGCAAUGGGGGACUGUGUGUGAUGCAGACUGGGAUUUAAAUGAUGCCAACGUGGUUUGCAGGGAACUGGAGUGUGGAACUGCCAUAAAAGCCACUGGAGCAGCACAGUUUGGCCAAGGAUCUGGAACCAUUUGGCUAGACAGAGUGAACUGCACAGGGAAAGAAGCUUUUCUGAAUGAAUGCCCGAAAAGACCUUGGGGAGAGCACAGCUGUGACCACAGUAGGGAUGCGAAUGUGGAAUGCUCAGACCCCAAUGAAGUCAGAUUGGUGAAUGGAAGAAGCCGCUGCUCUGGGAGAGUUGAAGUGCUGCACAACCAACAGUGGGGAACAGUCUGUGAUGAUGGCUGGGAUCUCAGCGAUGCCGAAGUUGUAUGCAGAGAACUGGGCUGUGGAGUAGCCCUGGGGGCCCCACAUGGAGCACAUUUUGGAAAAGGAAGUGAUCCCAUUUGGCUGGAUGAGGUCACAUGUAAAGGAACAGAAGCUGCCCUCCGGGUCUGUGAUCUAAAAUCUUGGGGACAACACAAGUGCAACCAUGGAGAAGAUGCUGGUGCCAUAUGCUCAGAACUCCGACUGGUGAAUGGCUCAAGCCGCUGCUCGGGAAGAGUGGAGAUCUUGCAUGACCAGCAGUGGGGGACUGUGUGUGAUGAUCGCUGGGGCCUUAAGCAUGCUGAGGUCAUCUGCAGGGAAAUGGGCUGUGGUGUCGCUUUGAGAGCCCAAACAAAAGCAUAUUUUGGACAGGGAACAGGGAGGAUCUGGCUGGAUGAUGUGAACUGCCAAGGAACAGAAAGCACCCUCAGUGAAUGUACAGCAAGUGCUUGGGGAACGAACAACUGCAACCAUGGAGAAGAUGCUGGGGUGGAAUGUGCAGAACCACCUGAGAUCAGAUUAUCAAAUGGUCCCAAUCGUUGCUCUGGGAGAGUUGAGAUCUUGCAUGAUAAAAUCUGGGGAACUAUCUGUGAUGACAACUGGGACCUUGAUGAUUCCGAGGUUGUAUGCCAGUAUUUAGGCUGUGGGAGUGCCCUCUCGGCCCCGCGAGGUUCUCGUUUUGGACCUGGAGCUGGUCCCAUCUGGCUGGAUGGUAUAAACUGCACAGGGUCAGAGACAGCCAUCAGCAAAUGUCCAGCAAAAGCAUGGGGGAAACAUGACUGCACUCAUACAGAAGAUGCUGGUGUGAUAUGUGCAGAACUUCGACUAAUGGAUGGACCCACUCGUUGCUCAGGAAGGAUUGAAGUGUAUCACAACGAGCAAUGGGGGACUGUGUGUGAUGCAGACUGGGAUUUAAAUGAUGCCAACGUGGUAUGCAGGGAACUGGAGUGUGGAACUGCCAUAAAAGCCACUGGAGGAGCACAGUUUGGCCAAGGAUCUGGAACCAUUUGGCUAGAUAGAGUGAACUGCACAGGGAAAGAAGCUUUUCUGAAUGAAUGCCUGAAAAGACCUUGGGGAGAGCACAGCUGUGACCACAGCAGGGAUGCGUAUGUGGAAUGCUCAGACCCCAAUGCAGUCAGAUUGGUGAAUGGAAGAAGCCGCUGCUCUGGGAGAGUUGAAGUGUUGCACAACCAAAUUUGGGGAACAGUCUGUGAUGAUGGCUGGGAUCUCAGCGAUGCCGAAGUUGUAUGCAGGGAACUGGGCUGUGGAGGAGCCUUGGAGGCCCCACAAGGAGCACAUUUUGGAAAAGGAAGUGAUCCCAUUUGGCUGGAUGAUGUCACAUGUAAAGGAACAGAAGCUGCCCUCCGGGACUGUCGUCUAAAAUCUUGGGGAGAACACAACUGCAACCAUGGAGAAGAUGCUGGUGCAAUAUGCUCAGAACUCCGACUGGUGAAUGGCUCAAGCCGCUGCUCGGGAAGAGUGGAGAUCUUCCAUGACCAGCAGUGGGGGACUGUGUGUGAUGAUCGCUGGGGCCUUAAGCAUGCUGAGGUCAUCUGCAGGGAAAUGGGCUGUGGUGUCGCUUUGAGAGCCCAAACAAAAGCAUAUUUUGGACAGGGAACAGGGAGGAUCUGGCUGAAUGAUGUGAACUGCCAAGGAACAGAAAGCGCCCUCAGUGAAUGUACAGCAAGUGCUUGGGGAACAAACAACUGCAACCAUGGAGAAGAUGCUGGGGUGGAGUGUGCAGAACCACCUGAGAUCAGAUUAUCAAACGGUCCCAAUCAUUGCUCUGGGAGAGUUGAGAUCUUGCAUGAUAAACUCUGGGGAACUAUCUGUGAUGACAACUGGGACCUUGAUGAUUCCAAGGUUGUAUGCCAGUAUUUAGGCUGUGGGAGUGCUCUCUUGGCCCCGCAAGGUUCUCGUUUUGGACCUGGGGCUGGUCCCAUCUGGCUGGAUGGUGUAAACUGCACAGGGUCAGAGACAGCCAUCACCAAAUGUCCAGCAAAAGCAUGGGGGGAACAUGACUGCACUCAUACAGAAGAUGCUGGUGUGAUAUGUGCAGAACUUCGACUAAUGGAUGGACCCACUCGUUGCUCAGGAAGGAUUGAAGUGUAUCACAACAAGCAAUGGGGGACUGUGUGUGAUGCAGACUGGGAUUUAAAUGAUGCCAACGUGGUAUGCAGGGAACUGGAGUGUGGAACUGCCAUAAAAGCCACUGGAGGAGCACAGUUUGGCCAAGGAUCUGGAACCAUUUGGCUAGACAGAGUGAACUGCACAGGGAAAGAAGCUUUUCUGAAUGAAUGCCCGAAAAGACCUUGGGGAGAGCACAGCUGUGACCACAGCAGGGAUGCGAAUGUGGAAUGCUCAGACCCCAAUGAAGUCAGAUUGGUGAAUGGAACAAGCCGCUGCUCUGGGAGAGUUGAAGUGCUGCACAACCAACAGUGGGGAACAGUCUGUGAUGAUGGCUGGGAUAUCAGCAAUGCCGAAGUUGUAUGCAGAGAACUGGGCUGUGGAGUAGCCUUGGAGGCCCCACGAGGAGCACAUUUUGGAAAAGGAAAUGAUCCCAUUUGGCUGGAUGAUGUCACAUGUAAAGGAACAGAAGCUGGCCUCCGGGACUGUGUUCUAAAAUCUUGGGGAGAACACAACUGCAACCAUGGAGAAGAUGCUGGUGCCAUAUGCUCAGAACUCCGACUGGUGAAUGGCUCAAGCCACUGCUCGGGAAGAGUAGAGAUCUCGCAUGACCAGCAGUGGGGGACUGUGUGUGAUGAUCACUGGGGCCUUAAGCAUGCUGAGGUCAUCUGCAGGGAAAUGGGCUGUGGUGUUGCUUUGAGAGCCCAAACAAAAGCAUAUUUUGGACAGGGAACAGGGAGGAUCUGGCUGAACGAUGUGAACUGCCAAGGAACAGAAAGCGCCCUCAGUGAAUGUACAGCAAGUGCUUGGGGAACGAACAACUGCAACCAUGGAGAAGAUGCUGGGGUGGAGUGUGCAGAUCCAGUGGAGCUCAGGGUGGUCAACGGCUCACACCGGUGUACUGGGAGGGUGGAGGUAUUUCAUCUCCAGCAGUAUGGGACCAUUUGUGAUGACAACUGGGACAUGAAUGAAGCUGUUGUUGUGUGCCGAUACCUUGGCUGUGGAUCAGCCAUUUCUGCCCCUCGUUCAGCUCGGUUUGGCCGAGGAACUGAUGCUAUCUGGUUGGACGAUGUUGAAUGCACAGGAGCUGAAACUUCCCUCUCUGCUUGCAAGGCCAAGCCUUGGGGAAUCAAUGACUGUAGCCAUGGAGAAGAUGCUGGUGUUGUAUGUUCAGAGAAUCUCAGACUAGUUAAUGGCACAAAUCGCUGCAGUGGAAGAGUUGAGAUUCGGACAUCAGACAGUGACGAGUGGGGGACAGUCUGUGACCAGACUUGGGACUUAAAAGAGGUAGAAGUUGUAUGUAGGCAACUGGGCUGUGGAAGUGCUGGAUCAGCCCCAGGUGGAGCUCAUUUUGGGCGUGGAUCAGGCCGCAUCUGGAUGGAUGAUGUCAAUUGUGAAGGCACAGAAAAUUCCAUUCAAGAAUGCAGAGCAAAUACCAAGGGGACUAACAACUGUAAUCAUGGACAGGAUGCAAGUGUUAUUUGUCCAGAAACAUCCACCCUCAAUGUGGGCAACAUAAGACUGGAAGAUGGUCCAAACUCCUGUGCAGGGCGGAUUGAAGUCUUUUACCAACAGCAGUGGGGAACUGUGUGUGAUGAUGGGUGGGGCCUUCAAGAUGUAGCUGUUGUGUGUAGGCAGCUAAAGUGUGGCAUUCCUUUGGAAUCCCUGACUGGGGCACACUUUGGAAGAGGUUCUGGCCCUAUUUUCCUGGAUGAUGUGAACUGCACUGGGAGAGAAAGAUCAAUCAAAGAGUGCACAGGACGCUCCAUAGGAGAGCAUGACUGUGAUCAUGGAGAAGAUGCUGGUGUGAUUUGCUCAGGUCCCUUGGAUGUACGAUUAGCGAAUGGCCCCAGUGCCUGUGUUGGACGAGUAGAGUUGAACUAUAAUGGCUCCUGGCUCCCUGUCGGGGAUUCUGGUUGGAGUCUUAAGGAAGCCACAGUGAUAUGUCGACAACUGGGCUGUGGUUCAGCAUUGUCUAUCCCAACGGGCAAUGGAUAUGGCAUGAGUUCUGGCCCAGCAUUUUUGGUUGAUUUGAACUGCACAGGAACAGAGUCAUUCAUUACUGAGUGCCAAGCCGCAGCAGCAGGUUCCAAGAUGUGCAUCUGUGGCUCCUAUGCAGCAGCCUUAUGUGAAGGACGGUCAGAAAAAAGUUGGAAAUAAUGUGAAAUCAGCUGGAAUUUCAGGCCGUUUAGAAUUCAAGAAAGAGCUCCUUGGAAAACAAAGACUUCCCCAGAAUCAAUGGUCCAGAAGACACCAGGCAAUUUCAUCUAGCACAAUAAUCAAAUCAGAAUUCUAGCGAUAAAUCAUCUAUGUUGUGAAAUUGUGUACCUGUUCACUUGUCAAACUGACAGUAAAGCAGAUGGCAAAAUCCAAUGCUCAAAUUUCAGAUGUUCUUCCAUUUAUAGAACUCAGAAAACAAUUUUGUCUCCAUCCUGUAACAUCUAAAUAUCUUCAAAAACUUCUUCUACAAGGUUAGAAGACUCUUCAAAUCCCAAAUACGUUUGGAGAGACUCCAGGAAAAACAAGAGUAGUACAAAGUCCUACUGUGGAAGUGGGCAUCUGUUCACCAAUAAUAAUAACAAUAAUGAUAUUGAUAAUCUAUAUAUUUUGUCUAAGAAAGCUGUUACAUGCUUUAUCCCUCAUUCCUGCUGCUGACCCUUUUUGUGUCUUAUUUUCUCUCUCUAGUAUCACAGCAAUCUGUUUAAAGUAAAUGAUCAUGUUUAAAGUAUAGUUUGGUUUAGUGGUUAAGGUGCUGGGAUAGAAACCAGGAUUUCGUGAUUUCUACUCCUGCUUUAGGCAUGAAAAGUGGUGGGGUGACCUUGGGCCAGACUCUCCCAGCUGAAUUCUCCUCACAGGGAUGCUGUUGUGGGGAAAAUCGGAGGAGGAAGGAGUAUUACAUAUGUUCGCUGCCUUGAGUUAUUUAUAAAAAAUAAUAAAGGUGGGAUAAAAAUUAAGUAAAUAAAUAAAUAAAAAUGUUUCAUUUCACACAGUGACUACAAUUUAGUGACUAACAACACUGGCCUAGUUCCAUUUUGAUUUGUUGUUGUUAUAUUAUCCUGUCUUGUUUUUGUGGUUUUGUUUUUCUUCUUUUUCUUCCAUAGGUCAAAAUAUGAUCAUUGAGAAUAAAACUGUAGUAAGCCA